AUGGGAAGAAAUAAAAUAAAGAUAGAAAGAAUUGAAAGUGAAAGAAAAAGAACAGCCACUUAUACUAAACGAAGUCAUGGACUAAUUAAAAAAGCAAUGGAAUUAAGUAUUUUGUGUGACUGUGAAGUAUCACUCUUUAUUUUUGCAAACGAUAAAUUAGUAGUAUAUUCUUCAAAGGAUGUUAAAGACACACUAAUCAAAUUUGUUGAAUUUAAAUCUAAUUACUUUAGUUAUUCAAAUGCUGACUACCCUGCUAUUUGCCAUUCUACUAGUAUUCCUGAAGAUCUCUCUGAACAACGUGCUGUUGGUGCUACUACACCUGGUAUUAAUGACACUUCUGUUAUUCAAAAAGAUCAAACAGUAAUGACUGAGAAAACCAUCCCUCCAAAUUCUCGUCAAAUGCUUCCAGGUCAAAUUCCUUCUUCUGGAGGUGUUCAACAACAACCACCACAUGUACCAAUGGCUCCUGAUUAUUUUACAGAUCAAGAUAGACGUCCAUCAUAUAUGUAUGAUCAACAAAGAAAUCUUGGUGGAGGACCUGAUAUUAUUCCACCUGAUUUUAAUCACAACCAAGACCCAUCUUAUGGGUAUCCAAGUGUUUAUAGAAACCCUACUUAUCAAACUUCUCUUUCUCAAUACCCACAACCUCAAUCACAACCACCUUACAAACCAACUGAUCAACCUAAAUUUAAAACUGUCUCAGAAGUUAACAAACGACCGGAUAAUAUCCAAGACGAUAACAUACAAAUAGGUCCGAAGAAACCACCUGAGGUUUAA